AUGAUGAUGAGUAAUUUCCAUAUCGAUCGUCACAGCAUCCGCAACUCCCAAUUUCUCCGUUUUCGUGAAAACAUCGACGACGACGACAUCAUGAUCUUGAUUCUUCAGACGCCAGUACAAGCAAAUGAAAGAGCCUGCAAUAUAUCCGUCCCGGAUUUCGAUGACUUCCACAACUUCUCCGAGUGCAAACUCGUUUCCCACAUCGGAGUUGGCCCCAGUGAACAGGUGGGGGUUACCUCCAACAAUGACCCUUCUGUCAGGGCCCUACAAGCACUUUCGGCAAGAAAAAGGCGGUCACUAGAAAGUACUUUGGUGGCAGCCGCGACUAAGAAGGGGAGGAGACCAAGUGGGCAAAGGGAGGGCCAAAACAGCACGGAUUGCCUUCAAAAUGGCACGUAUGCUACCGGAACUGUCGUAAAAUACUCGUGUGAUCGGUAUUACGUUCUCGCGGGAUCCCACAUUCGAGAAUGUGGAUGCGAUGGAAAAUGGACAGCAUCAAGUCCUUCCUGCGAGCCUGAAUGUGGAAGGAAGGGGCAAAUAGAAGAGUUGUCAGCAGGAGGAAGGGUGUCGAUAAUUGGAGAAUGGCCAUGGCAGACUGCCAUCUAUGACGUCAAGAAAAAUGAAAUUGUAUGCGGAGGAGCUCUCAUAGCAAGGCAAUGGGUGGUAACUGCAGCUCAUUGUGUCACCGUCAACAGUUCCCCAAGAGAAAGGAAUGAGAGUGACUUCAUCGUCUACCUUGGGAAGCAUUAUCGAAAUGACUCCCAGGAUGAUAAUUUUGUGCAACGAAUGGAAGUGUCAGAGAUCAUCAUUCAUGAUGAAUUCAACAUCUGGGGGAACCUCAACGCCGACGUUGCCCUAUUGAAACUGGUAGCUGGCUGGGGUGUCAAUGGUUCGGAUCAGUUAGUGUCUGAGUUGAUGGAAGUCAAACUGCUGGUGGUAUCGAAUGACAGAUGUUGGGGCACUGGGCGUCUACCUCUCAACCAGGCACUUAUCUCAAACAUGUAUUGCGAACUGAGCGAUAUGGUUGCGAUCGCAGAGUACCAAACCGUGUGUCCCGGAGAUUCGGGGAGUCCCAUGGUCUUCCCGUCCCUUGACUCUAAGGGAAGCAUCUGGCGUGCGGAGGGGAUUGUGAGUCACUACCUCAACCCCAGUAAUUGCUCUGAAAGGCACCGCGGUGAUAACAGCGUCUUUACCAAAAUCAGC